AUGUCUUCAACACCUCGGUGUACGCCUGAUCUGCAGUCUCUGAGUUUGCCAUUAUCAACGCUAAACCCUGUCUCUUCUUGCUCGUCUGGACAACCAACUACUAACGAUCUACUUCAAUCUCUUAUAUCACAAAUUAAAAAAUCUGACGAGAAAAUCACUGUAUUUAUUACUGGGCAACUGCAAACAAACCAGGAGAUCAACGAAAAACUAAAUAACUUGAAUAGAAUUGCUGAUACAGUAAAUCAAAAUUGCCAACGUAUUUCUAAUCUAGAACAGAACUAUGCCACUCUAUUGCAAGAAAUUCAAUCACUGAAGGCUCAACUGUCCGGUAUGUCAGAUUCGUCUUAUACCAAACUGCACGAGCGUGAGGACAGCGAACUUAUUCUGUCUAGCGUACCUGCUAGAACGACAACAACUCCUGUUACUCUCGUUAGCAACGUCUUUCAAGCUCUUGGCGUACCCGAACGCUCUAGCCACAUAUUAGCUGUUAGAUGCAUCAGUAAUAAAUCUGAUCUUCCUGCUGCAUCAACUCGAUCUUCUUCUCCGCCAGAAAUGUCUCGAGCUACAACCGCAUAUAUUGUCACUUUAACAUCGGUUGCAGUCCGCGACAUAGUUCUAACGAAAAAAAGAAAUAAACGUGACCUAAGACAAAACGAGGUCUGUGACGGUGGUUCUAAUCGUCAGAUUUAUAUUAAUGAGCUCCUUCCAGCUUCUACCUAUAACUUACUUCGUCGCUCAAAGGCUCUUGCCAAGGAAAAAUCCUAUAAAUUCGUGUGGUGUAAAAAUAACACGAUUUUUGUGAGAAAAGACAAUGGUUGCCCUCCCAUCAUGAUUCAAACAGAGAACGAUUUAAAUAAACUAGUCUGA